UGGAACAGCGUGUUCGCCCAACCGGCCCACGUGCCGUGCCUCAAAAGCAAACCCAUCACUACCGCUGCGUGUAUCCAAAUCCCUGCCUCUUCUGCAUCCAUCACCAACACCACCGUCAUCUUCCUUCGCUUCAUUGGGAAAGAGAAGUCCAUCCCCCUCCUCGUAUUCCCUUUCUUAUUCCUCCAACUCUCACGUUCUCUUCCGCAGCAAAAGCCAGACGAGGAACGACAGAUCCAAACUAGAAUGCAUCCGUUUUGCUUCUUACAUCGUGGGGCAUCGUUCCGGAUCGUCCUGGCGGCAGCGCUGCUGCUUCUGCUCGGACCACAGAAUGGCUGCUGGUGCUACGAAUACAAGGUUGGCGAUCUCGACUGCUGGGGUGUUCCUCCUCCCUCCAACUCCCUUCUCUACUCCGCCUGGUCUCAGAACCACCACUUCCGCCUCGGCGACUCCCUCCUGUUCUUGUACCCGCCGAGCCAGGAUUCGGUGAUCCAGGUGACGGAGCGGGCUUUCAACAGCUGCAGCCUGGGGGAGCCCGUACUGAACCUGGACGACGGUAAUUCCCUCUUCAAUCUGACUGUGCCGGGGUACUAUUACUUCACCAGCGGCGUCGCCGAUCACUGCAAGAAGAACCAGAAGCUGGUCGUCGCCGUCCCCUCUGCCAACGGCACUUUCUUCCCGCCCCCUGCCUUCGACUCCACCGCCCCCCCGGCAGAGUCCCAGUCCUACCCAAUCGUAUUCGGCCCGACGCCGGCUCAGGGAUCCAGCGGCACGCAGGCGGCGGUGGUCGAAGUCUCCACGGCAGUGGGAUCUGUCGCCGCCGCUGUCGUGUUCCUCGGGUUCACUCUCAUGUGAGACGGACCGGAGAAGAUGGCAUUUUGGAGAUUUGAUGCGUAGUAAAAGCCUCUCUUUGUCUUUGUGCCUUCUCUUCGUCAAUCAUGUAUUCAUUUUGGUGGAAGCCCACGAAGGCUUAAUCACUACAUUGUCAUAUGAUAAAUGAAGUUGAAUAAAACUUCGUAAUAACGGAGAAUUUAUUGGUGAAGUUUAUUAAGCUAUCAAUGUCCCUGGCAUUUAGCUUAUUUUA